AAAAUAAUCAGUAGAAAUACCUGUCUGGAGCACAGUAUGGAAUGUGCAGUGAAGGAACAAUAACCUGCUUUGUACCAAAUAACAGAAAUUAUUUCGAACUAUUUACACAGUACAUAAAAACUAAUGUUCCACAUUUAGCACACUCCUUUGGAAGAUGUCCAAUACUUGGUAGGCUAAAUUUAAGUUUUCCAAUAAACUCAAUGGGCCACCAAGAAAGCUUCCAUAAUGGGAUUUUUUUUUUCUUUGUGUGUGCAUUGUUUGAAUAUAAAAGACUAAAAAAAGAGCGACCUGAUGUUACAGACUGUAAUCAAAGAACAUUAAGGUUCUGAUCACCGCCCAUUCAUAAUGCAACAGAUGCAUUUGUGAUGGAUUUCUGCAUCUGCAUUUUAAACUCCAAUAGCUGCUGCUGCUGCUGCUGCUGCUGUUGUUGUUUUUAGAGCAUCUGCAGUUCUAACGGAUAGCCUGCACAGCUUUAGCAGAUUUCGAGUAGCCUAGGCUAACUUUUCUGCUCAUUCAUCAUUUAGGCUACAGUCAUAUUCAUAUGUAGCUCUGUGUUUGUGCGCUGUGCUGUCUCCUUUUUUUGACGGCGUCCCGCGGUUUGCUGGCAGGCUGCAGCAGGGAUGGUAGCAGGUCAGUGCGAUCGGAUGAGCGUUGUACCAGUCGGUCUGGUGGUUAAUAUGGAAUAUUUGCACAGAGCGAUCUGUCAAAUCCAUUUGCACCGGCGGAAAAAGGGAGGCCUGUAGUAGUGCAAAAUAGAAAAACAGGUCAUUUCGCCGUUCUUUAUGGCUUCUGGCUCCGGAGAUGAAGAGGGAAACACGGGGGGCGUUUCAUGGAGACUCAUAGGCCCUGCCUCGGAGCUUUCCAAGAAGCGCUGCCGUUUAAUGCACUCCUCUCUCGGCUAUGAUUCCGAUGUCUGCCUCUUCUAUGUGAAGGGGGAGUUUUUCGCAAUGGAUGCUCGCUGUUCACACUCCGGCGGUCCUCUGUGUGAGGGGGACAUUGAGGAGGCUGACGGAGUCCUGCAGGUCUUCUGUCCCUGGCAUGAUUAUAACUUUGAUCUCAGGACUGGGAAGUCAGGGACAUCACUACAGCAACAAGUGUAUGAAGUCAAGCUGGAGGAUGGAAAUGUUUAUGUGAAGCACAGAAGUCAUCUGUCCUUACAGCCUUUUCCUCCAGAUCGGAAAAGCUGAUCUACCUCAGAGCAAGUGCUUUGUCCUCCUGUCCAUUUGUUAGACUUGUGUAAUGAACCUAAUGUAGUUUGUUUUGAGACUUAUUCCACAAACCCAAGCCGUCCAAAAACAUUUCUAAGCCGUAUCUCUCAUUUUCUCAGUUUUGUUUCUCUUGGAUUGCUGUAUUCUCAGGACCAAAUCCAGGAGAGUUUCUUGCGUUUUUCUUGCUGCUGGCAUUCGAGAUGGAGAACCAUGCGCAGGCACUUAACCUGCAGAAUCAGCAGGUUAUUGUUGAUUUUUGAUAACACAAUAGAUGCAAGAUAAAGGUAGUGGAUUUAUGCAGUUUCAUGUUUUUUUUCUUCCUUAAAAAGAAAAUAUCGUGAUUUUUAGUGGAAAUAUUGCAGAGUAAAUUUGAUGUGCACUUUAGUUUUUUGCCUUCAGAUUUGAGCCAUUUGCACUUUCCAUUUCAUUGUUGAUCAAAACCCUGUAAUUGGAGUGGAUCUCACCAUUUUUCAUCUCAGUUCUCAAGCUCUCAGCCUCUCUGCCUUGUUGCACUGAUAUGCACUAGCAAGCAAAAACAAAUCUGUUUGAAGAAACUGAAAAUCCUUCCAAAUGCUGUUUAUAAUUCAAAUAUAAAUUACCAAAACUCCGAACAGAUUUUUUUCCAUUUACAAUCCACUUGUAAUCCGAGUUCUGUUGACCAAUCGCAUUUGAGCAGGCUUCGGUUACACCCAAAUAAAGAAAUCCAUGUGGGGAGCAAAAACAGGAACGCAUUCGCCAAACUGCAAUCUUGUCUGAUGAUAGUUUAAUUUUAUAUUUGCUUUGUUAACAGAAAAGAAAGGCUUGACCUGGAUAUCCACUGGCUGUACUGCAAGUCUUGAAAAAACGGUUAUUGCGCCAAGAUGCUAAGUCAGCAGACUGACAGUUUGGUUUUCGAAUCACAGAGGCAAUAGGAGUAUCCAAAAUGUAGCACUAUGAGUUUUUAAUUCAAUUAAAAUUGAUAAAAUAAAGAGUAAAAAUGAGUAAAAACUGAA